AUGGCCGACAUCGACAUGAAAGACGCCCCCACCUCCGCCGCCGCUGCCCCCAAGGCGAAGGCAUCCAAGGCCGGCGCAAGCGCAGACACAGGCGACAAGAAGCGGUUCGAGGUGAAAAAGUGGAACGCAGUGGCGCUCUGGGCAUGGGACAUCGUCGUCGACAACUGUGCCAUCUGCCGUAACCACAUCAUGGACCUGUGCAUCGAGUGUCAGGCCAACCAGGCGUCAGCCACCAGCGAAGAGUGCACAGUAGCGUGGGGAAUCUGCAAUCACGCCUUCCACUUCCACUGCAUCUCCCGAUGGCUCAAGACGAGACAGGUCUGCCCGCUCGACAACCGUGACUGGGAGUUCCAGAAGUACGGACGAUAG